UGCGGAUGUGGCGCUGGCCCCACAGGCUAGCGGUCUGCCGUCUGGUGGGUAGAAAGGCAGGUCUAACACUGUGUGUGCACCUGAAACUAAUCUAAAAUAAGGUUGACUGUUAACUGUAAUAGGAAAAUAAAAUAAGACAUGUCCUGAGUGCUCGGCCCAGGGGCACACCUGGCCCCCUGGGCUUGUUUGCUGGUCCACGGGAUUUUUGUGCGGCAGGCGUGGCCACCCACAGUGAACUGGAGAGGAAGCGGGGGUGGGGCAGCCUGGGUCUCGGGAUGUUUCACUUUCUCACUUGGAGGGCUGGACAGGGCUCCUUAGCCCAGAGAAGCCACAGGCACCUGAAGGCCCCGCCUGCCUCCAGGGGUGGGUGUAGGGAGGGGGGUCAGGGAGGCAGCCGCCCAGACGACCAGCCCCUGCUGGGGACUGCGGCUCCCAACCCGCCAUGUCACUGGGGAAGUGCCCUGACUGUGAUCCAGGGUGCUGGUCUCCUCUUCCCCUUGAAGGGCCCCUGGGCAGGCGGGGCUGGGCCGGGAGGCGGAGCACAGCUCCCGGUGUCUGGUGUCCGCCCUUCUGUCCCGUCCCACUGUCUGAGUGGCUGGAGGCUGAGCCCCGCCCUCCAACCCAAGGCUUUGGCGGAGGAGCGGCGUCUCCGUCUCCCUCGUUGGGUGCAGCCCGGAAGCCAGCGGGACAGGACCACCUGCCGGUUGCACUUCCCCCAGCUGGCCCUGCGACGGAGGCUGGGACAGCUGAGCUGCAUGUCCAGACCUGCGCUGAAACUGCGCUCCUGGCCCCUGACGGUCCUCUACUACCUCCUGCCCUUCGGUGCCCUCAGACCGCUCAGCCGGGUGGGAUGGAGGCCCGUGAGCAGGGUGGCGUUGUACAAGUCGGUGCCCACACGCUUGCUGUCGCGGGCCUGGGGUCGCCUUAACCAGGUGGAGCUGCCGCACUGGCUGCGCAGGCCCGUCUACAGCCUGUACAUCUGGACCUUCGGGGUGAACAUGAAGGAGGCCGCCGUGGAGGACCUGCACCACUACCGCAACCUCAGCGAGUUCUUCCGGCGCAAGCUGAAGCCGCAGGCCCGGCCCGUGUGUGGUGUGCACUGCGUGAUCAGCCCGUCGGAUGGGAAGAUCCUCAACUUUGGGCAGGUGAAGAACUCGGAGGUGGAGCAGGUGAAGGGGGUCACCUACUCACUGGAGUCGUUCCUGGGCCCGCGUACCUCUGUGGAGGACCUGCCCUUCCCACCAGCCGCCUCCUGCAACUCCUUCCGGAGCCAGCUGGUCACCCGGGAAGGAAACGAGCUCUACCACUGCGUCAUCUACCUGGCGCCCGGGGACUACCACUGCUUCCACUCGCCCACCGACUGGACCGUGUCCCACCGGCGCCACUUCCCAGGCUCCCUGAUGUCCGUGAACCCCGGCAUGGCCCGCUGGAUCAAAGAGCUCUUCUGCCACAACGAGCGGGUGGUCCUGACCGGGGACUGGAAACACGGCUUCUUCUCACUGACAGCUGUGGGGGCCACCAACGUGGGCUCCAUCCGCAUCUACUUUGACCGGGACCUGCACACAAACAGCCCGCGGUACAGCAAGGGCUCCUACAACGACUUCAGCUUCGUGACCCAGGCCAACAGGGAGGGCAUCCCCAUGCGCAAGGGUGAGCACCUGGGCGAGUUCAACCUGGGCUCCACCAUCGUGCUCAUCUUCGAGGCCCCCAAGGACUUCGACUUCAAGCUGAAAGCAGGACAGAAAAUCCGAUUUGGGGAGGCCCUGGGCUCCCUCUAGGCCUCUCCUGGCUGCCGCUACUGAGGGAUCUAAACAGAAAUGGGAGAGUUUUUGAGGGGAACCUCCUCAGCUGUCUGGAGGGGACUCUCAGGACCAGGGGGGUCUGACCAGGCAGGACCUGGGUCACUUCUGCUCCUGCUGUCCCAGAGGUGCGGGCAAGGCCAGAGCCCGGUCCUGCCCAAGACCUACGUCAUCCCCUCUGCUCACCCUAAAGAGAAAGUAAGUGUCGGGCUGAUCUCAGAUUCCCUUUUGGAGAAGUUUUAACUCCUAUUGCAUAAACCAGAGACCUGCAUCUCCUGGCUGAGCGUUGUUGGUCUUGGUUUGUUACGAUGGUAAGUGGUACUGUACCUUCUGCUGCUCCUCCCAUCACUACUGUUGGCCUCCCCUCCUGGCACUGACUGGGCCCGCCAGCCUGUAAUGUAACCGCUUUCUGUUUCCAAACCCGGCCCACCUGCUCACUGGGAAAGCCUUCCUCUUCAUACUGGUGGCGACUACGUCACCCGACUCAGCCAGGUCUCCCAAGGAUGGUGACUAGACGAGGCGCUUUGCAGACCCAAGUGACCCGGAGCUGUCAAGGCCAGUUACUGAACCCCCUGACUGGUGUCCCGUGUGAAUGGGGCAGGCAGGUAGUCAUGGCCACACGGGGAGAGCUUGCAUCCCGUCCCCCCCCCCCCUCCAUUAAAUACAGGGAAGUUGCUGCUGUUGGUUUGGGGGCAUACGCUAGAGGCAGAGGAGCCCUGGCACACUGGGUGGGAGGCAGGGCCGGUGCCUAGAAACCCUGUCCCAGGUGGUAGGCAUGUAUCCUUGGGGAGCCACUAAGGUGGCCCAGGGUUCCUGUCUCCUGGGGACUCCGCAUUUCUCCUGCAGGAGAAGCCAUUUGAACUUUUUCAACUGUAUCAGUAGCACAGUAUUUUUGUAUGAAAAGCAGGAGACUUCUGAACAGUAAUUCAUGUAAUUGCAACAUUUUGAAAUAAUAAUUUAAAAA